AAAUCGCAGAAACUAGACGUCAGCAUGCUAGCCGUUUUGGAAUUCCUCGGGAACUACCUGGAUACCAAGACAGCUGUGCAGCCGGAUGGUGAUAAAGAUAACUCGUCUACUUCAACCAACUCUGCUCAACUCGCAAGAACAUCUUCCGCGCAGCCCGGCGAAGGAGCCAUCAAAAGUAGUGUCGUCGACAAGAAUCGUAACGACUUCAAAAACGCAAAGAAAACGACUUUGGAGAAACUUUUACCCCAGGCGGGCAAAGCCACUUUAAUCGGAUACUUGCUCUCCGUCUUUCAGCAACUGUUUUUGGAGCGGGGGAAUUUGGAAAAUUCCAAAAAUGUGCAGUUCGUCUAUUUCUACCUGUGCAGCCUGCAUCCUCUGUUCUGCGAGGAGUUCCUGCGGAGGCUGUUGACGACGUUUUACAAUGGCGUAGACGGAGGGGCGUCCUCUACAAGCGGGAACAACAACAAGAAAAAGGGUAACGAGCCGCACGCCGGCCGUUCCGCUACCGCGACCAUCCCCACCCGGAAGAUCGCCGUGUCCUACCUCGGAUCCAUUCUAGUCCGCGCGAAGUUCAUCUCGGUGACGUAUGCGCUGAAGACCACGAAAUACCUGAUCGAGUGGUGUCUGGCGAAUUUAAAGCGGUUCGAAUCGCUCAUGGGUAUCGUGCGGGAUAAGGAAGGGAACGAAAUCAGAACGGACAGGAUUGAGACGAUCCACGAAGAGUGUGAAUUGUUUCAUUUAGCGGUCCAGGUGAUCUGCUACAUCAUGAUCUUCAAGAAAAAAGAAUUCUCCCGGCCGAUUUCGUCCUCGGAUUCGCUUUCGAGGAGCAAAAAGGACAACAACAGCAAUCGAAAUGUCAACCCAGCAAAGCAGAUGUUGAACCGCAGUGGAAGUAGCACGAUUGAACGCACAACGUCAGCUGCAUCGGCUAUUUCAGCGACUGCGGCUGGAGCAAAUGAAAACCAAGCUCCGAACGAAGAAAUGAAUAAGCCGAAAACCUACCUGGAGGCACUUUUUUUCAAAUACGGGUUCAUGAAGGUUCUCGACUCCCCCACCUACCCGCUCUAUCGGGUGUUUCAAACUGUGAAAGAGGAGUUUUGCAGAACCUUUGGCUGCGUCCAAACCGCGGAUUACGGGCUGGAUCCAGCACUCGGGGUUUCGAACGCGAAUUUGGUCGAGAGAUUGCAGCCCGUGAUUGAAAAAACCUUCGAUCCGGAGCGGUAUGACCAGUGGUUUACGUACAAUUUGAACAGCAACAACUUCCCGUUUGACCCGUAUUUGUUACGGCAUAGUAAGUCCCUGAUCCAGCCUUUGUACAUUGACUACGAGGAACCGGACGUCAUUCUUGAGGAGGAGGAGGAACUACAGGACCAAGAAGAUGAACUGGUGGAGGGCGAAGUACUAGAAGGCGAUAUGGUAGAAAUAGAUGAAGAAGCGCAAAUGGCGGAGGGUGAAACAGAGGAAGCCGAUGGCGAGGUGGUAGAGGAAGAGCUUGAUGAUGAACAAGCGGUGGAGGACAAGGCCGAAGCAGAUGGCGAGGAAAUGCCAGUUGAGGACGAACAACUCGAACACAAGGCACAGACGCCCGAAGAAAGCGAAAACAAAGUUGAAGCAGACGGAGAACAGCAACAGCUUGAGAGCGUUGCGCUCAGCGACCAAGUACAAGUAGCCCAAAUCUCGUCCUGUGACGAUAAAGAAGUAGCCAACGCGGCAGCAGAGCCAGAAGUUGUUGAAGAGCCCAAGAAAGAGGCCCCCGCCGGCGACCAAGUGCUCGCUGACGAUGGUGAAGAAGAAGAACGCGACGCGGCAGAACAAGCAGAAACCAAAGAUCAAAUGUCUGCUCUUGAUGAUGAAGCUGCGGAGGACAACGAAAACGCAGCGGAAAUGGAAGUCGAUGAAGAGGAACAUCAAACACCCGUCGAUGAAGAUGAUGUUGAAGCAGUCGCUGCAGAAACUGCGAGAGACCAAACGUACUACGUCGAUGCAGAAACUUCGGUCGACGACGACGACGAGGGCGACGCAUUUGCAGCAGCUCCUGUGGUUUUUCAGGAUCAUACCGAAUUACAGGCAGGCGCUGAGGAGAUUGUUCCAGCUGCGACCACCUGCAGUGCAGCAGCACCUUCGGCUGCUGAAGAAGAAAUGAAGCAGGAUAGUACCGUCGCGCCGGCGUGUAGUGCGUCAGUACAGAUGAACCAGAAAAAGAUUUUCCAGGAGGACGUGGAGCGAAAAAAGGCUGCGCGGUUGAUGGAGAUCAAAAAAGCGGCGCAGAAGGUUCUGAAGAAGACGGUUUUGAAUACAUCUGAAGCGAAGAAAACUAGUACAACGACCAGAGGCAGGGCCGGUAGCGUGACUCAAAUACAACAGCAAAACCAACAUCACGCCACCAGUUGCUCUUCCGCAGCAGAAGAGCAAGUGCAUGGAGCAACGAAACCGAUUGCAAAGAAGCGGCAGAGGGAUCUCGGAUCUGGAUUUGAGUCCAUGGACGGUGCGGCAAAGAAGAAUGCCUCCUCGUCGAAAAGGAGAAAGUUGACGAGUGAUAGCUUGGAUUUGAUGCAGGAAAAUAGUACACAGCGACAGCAAGUGCAGGGAAAAAAACCGGAGCAGGACCAGGCUGCUGGAGACCACAGCGUUCAAGACGCGAACGAGAUCUCCGAACAUUCCUCCGACAGCGACCGAUUCGCUGACGACCAUGAGGAGUUCGAACCCAGUCGUGCAGCGGGAAGCGAAUACGCGCCACUUGGGUACAAAAACAGUGAAGCGAGUGUUGAUGAGGAAGAUGCCCUCGACGAGCAGAAUGCGAACGUCGAAAACGAAAGUGGAUUGGGUUUGUUGCAGCGAAUGAAAUCAAAUACGAGUGUUGCAGAUGAUACGCCAGUACCAGUUUCUCGUGCCGGUAUCGACAAGAAAAAGAAGAGACCGAGUGCGGAUCAUGCGGAUUCUGAUUCUGAAUCCGGCGACUUUUUCGAUGACGCGGGCUCAUCGCAAGAAGAACAAAGCGAGGAAUUGUCUGACUCCGAGGAAUAAACAUGAAGUCAGGCAUUUAGGAUUUUGAUCUUUGGCACUACGCAUGACUGCAUCCUAAAGUAGAAGCUAAACUUCUACUGAUCAUGAAGCGACUUACAACUUGUUUGCACCCACUGCAAUACAAACAUGAAGACGACACUCAUUCACAUUCUCACUUCGACGCGCUGCAUUCAAUUUCGAAGAACUGUUUGCCUCUGCUAAUCCC